CACAGCCCACUCCUCCCACGCACUCCGCAUUUCCGCCGCUUCCGCAUCACGCAGACAAGCAAGCAAAGCUAGCGACCAACCCACCCCACCGCCCGCGAGCUCAGACUCAGAUUCCCCUCGCGCACCGUCCCGUUCGGCCCCACAGCCCAGCGAGAGGGCCUGCCAGCAGCAGCAGCAGGCAGCAGCCAGCCAUGUGCGGCGGCGCCAUCCUGUCGGACAUCAUCCCGCCGCCGCCGCGGCGGGUCACGGCGGGCCACCUCUGGCCGGAGAGCAAGAAGCCGAGGAGGGGCGCCGGGGCCGGAAGGAGGAGGGCCGGGCCCCCCGUGGAGGAGGAGGAGGAGGAGGAGGACUUCGAGGCCGACUUCGAGGUGUUCGAGGUGGAGUCCGGCGAGUCGGAGCUCGAGUCCGAGGAUGAGGCCAAGCCCUUCGCCGCCCCCAGGACCAGGAGCGCGCUCCCCAGAGAUGGAUUAAACACUAGUGCAGUUGUUGUUGAUGGCCCUGCUGCAAAUUCAGUUAAAAGGAAGAGGAAGAACCAGUUUAGGGGUAUCCGCCGGCGCCCAUGGGGUAAAUGGGCUGCUGAGAUCAGAGAUCCUCGCAAAGGUGUUCGUGUUUGGCUUGGUACUUUCAACUCUCCCGAAGAAGCUGCCAGGGCUUAUGAUGCUGAGGCACGCAGGAUCCGUGGCAAGAAGGCUAAAGUCAACUUCCCAGAUGAGGUUUCGACGAUUCCUCAGAAGCACCGUGCUGGUCCUACCCCUCUGAAAGUGCCUGAGAUGGACUUUGAAGAGAAGCCGAUUAUCAAGCCGGCAGUCAACAACAUGACCAACUCAAAUGCAUAUCACUACCCUGUUGUCGACCACAACAUACCCGAGCCAUUUAUGCAUACUCAAAACAUGUCAUUUGCUCCUUUCGUGAAUUCUGCUGCUCCCAUUCAGGAACCUUUCGUGAACCUGUCCUCAGACCAAGGUAGCAACUCCUUCAGUUGCUCAGACUUCAGCCUCGAGAAUGACACCAGGACCCCUGACAUAACGUCGGUAGUUGUUGGUGAGUCUGCGUUCGUCCAGAACACUGGUCCUGCUGUGGUGCCUCCGUUGAUGGGGAAUGCUAGUGUUGAUCUCACAGAGUUGGAUCCAUAUAUGAAUUUCCUGAUGGACAGUGGUUCAGAGGACUCAAUCAACACUCUUUUGAGCUGUGAUGGAUCCCAGGAUGUGGUUAGCAACAUGGACCUUUGGAGCUUUGAUGACAUGCCCAUGUCUGCUGGUUUCUACUGAGGUUGAGGCCCCAGCGACUGGUGCUUGUACAUAGGGACAAAGGGAAUAAUGUUCUGGAGAUGAUGAAACGCUUGUGUGGCGUGCCUGCAGGCGUGCAGUAGCUGUGGUAUUAGCAGUAUAUGCUUAGAUGUUCAGUCACUUUCUUAAGUACACAUUGGCGCUGGACAUGUACCUUAUUUGUAUCCGUGACAACAACUAUGUGUCUGCUCUUUUUUAUUUUCCUGCCUUUACUUCAAAAAUGGCUCUGAACUUUGCGAGCUUGUAGCCAAAUAUAUGUGUAUGUGCUUGAGUCUAUAUAGUUCAUCCUAAGCUGCAAUGUGAUAGUCUUUGUAGGCAUGCAUGUGCGCGCAGCACGUCUAUGAAAAAAGCAUUCCUUCGAAAUAGAUGAAGUAACAA